UCAAACUUUCCUUUACUUUCAGCAGUUCACUGUUCUGAAACCCUGAACCCUGAUUCCCCCUAAAUUGAAUUCCUACUAAAACAAUGAAAGAAAUGUCUUUUUGAUUAAACCCAAACAAAAAAAAAAAAACACAUUUCAUCAAUGGCAAUUUCUACUGCUUUCGGAUAUUCUUGUCGCCCUUAUAUCUCCCUCCGCUGUCCUCUCCGCCUUUGCCUUCAUCAAGUACGUUUGAGCUGUGCAGCAGCAAUGGAGACAAUUGAUGAGGCAGAAAACCAGAGAAAUAGUGAAAGGAUUGGUGGAGAUGGUCAGAAGGCAUCCCAAUGGAAAAAGUUGAAUUCUGCGGACCUCGGAAUUCGUAGUUCGAUGAUUCCAAGGACAACGAGGGCGGUUCUUAAUGGUCUCAAAAGAAAAGGAUUUGAAGUUUACCUCGUGGGAGGUUGUGUAAGGGAUCUUAUAUUGAGAAAAACUCCAAAGGAUUUCGAUAUCAUUACUUCAGCUGAACUUAAAGAGGUGAUGAGAACAUUUUCACGAUGUGAAAUAAUUGGGAAACGUUUUCCUAUCUGCCAUGUUCAUAUUGGUGACAAUAUUGUAGAGGUUUCAAGCUUUAGCACUUGUGGAAGAAAUUCUAGAAGGGACUUCAGUUUGGUUUUUGAAAAGCCUGUCGGAUGUAACGAGAAAGACUACAUUCGCUGGAGAAAUUGCUUGAAAAGAGACUUCACAAUAAACGGAUUGAUGUUUGACCCUUAUGCAAAGUUGAUAUAUGACUAUAUUGGAGGAGUGGAAGACAUUAGGAAAGCUAAAGUGCGAACUAUCAUUCCUGCUAGUUUUUCUCUGACUGAAGAUUGUGCUCGCAUUCUCCGUGCUAUUAGAAUUGGUGCACGUUUACAAUUUCGAUUUGCAAAGGACACGGCUCUUUCUGUUAAAAAGUUGACUUCUUCAAUUCUAAGGCUGGACAGGGGAAGGCUCCUUAUGGAGAUGAACUACAUGUUAGCUUAUGGUUCUGCAGAAUCAUCGUUAAGGUUAUUAUGGAGAUUCGGCCUUUUGGAAAUUCUUUUACCAAUACAGGCAGCCUAUUUUGUCGAUAGUGGAUUCCGUAGACGCGACAAGAGGUCCAACAUGCUUUUGUCUAUAUUUUCCAGCCUGGAUAAAUGUUUGGCACCAGACAGGCCUUGUCACAGUAGUUUAUGGGUUGCAUUAUUAGUAUUCCACAGAGCACUGUUUGAUCACCCAAGUGACCCUUCAGUAGUUGCCGCAUUCUGCCUUGCUGUUAACAAUGGGGGAGAUUUGUCUGAAGCAUCAGAUAUUGCAAAAAGGAUCACAAGACGGCAUGAUACCAAUUUCGUUGAAUUAUUAGAACCUCAGGAUCUUGACUUCGAUUCAUUAGUAGCAGAAGUUAAGCAUUUGGCUGCUUUAGUUCAGGACACGCUUGCUAAUAUGACCGACGAAUACUCUGUUUCGCGGGCAAUGGCUCAAUAUCCCAAGGCACCAUAUUCAGAUAUUGUAAGCAGUAAAUCCUCGUUUUUCUCCCUCAAGCAUAUGAUGUCUGUCUUCUUUGCUGAGUGGAAGCUUGUCUACGAGUUUCAUGUGGGUUUGAAUGGUGAUUUGGGAGUCUUAGAUGCUUCACUGAAGUCAAUAUUGUAAAUCAAUGUGUUUUUAAGUCUGCUCUGCACGGGCAUGAUCUGGUAUUUAUCCCAUUAGCUCUAUAUCUAAAGGUGUGCAAGAUUUUUGAAUGUGUUCGAGCUGGAAAAGAGAGGGGAUUUGUGCCAAAGCAAGGAAGCAAGAUUCAUCAUGAGUUGUUGGCUUUGGGAAGCCUACAAGAAGUUCGUCAUGUCUUCGCACGAGUUGUUUUUGAUGCCUUGUACCCUAUAGACCUCAAACAGUAGUAGUUGCAUAUUAGACGACAGAAAACCUAAAGAUUGGUUUUGCUCUUAUUCUCUCCCAUAGCUGGAAAGGCAAAGUUUUGCCCCGAGGAAUGAAAAAAAAAAAAAAAAAAA